AUGGACAGCGUUCAGGACGCGGUCCCCCGAGACCGAGGGGGCUGUUGCCCUGCCCUCCGCAGGCUGGUCCCCGUUGGCUUUGCGGCCGAGGUGUGGACGCUCUUCGCUCUUUCCGGACCCCUGUUUUUGUUCCAGGUGCUGACCUUCAUGAUCCAUGUCGUGAGUUCAGUGUUUUGCGGGCACCUGGGCAAGCUGGAGUUGGCAUCAGUGACCCUCUCGGUGGCCUUUGUCAAUGUCUGUGGAGUUUCCAUAGGAUUGGGCUUGUCCUCGGCAUGUGACACCUUGAUGUCCCAGAGCUUCGGCAGCCCCAACAAGAAGCACGUGGGGGUCAUCCUGCAGAGGGGGACCCUGGUGCUGCUGCUCUGCUGCUUCCCCUGCUGGGCGCUCUUCCUCAACACCCAGCAGAUCCUGCUGCUCUUCCGGCAGGACCCGGCCGUGUCCAGGCUAACCCAGGAGUACGUGCUGAUCUUCAUCCCAGCACUUCCGGCAUUUUUCCUUUAUGUCCUGCUGGCGAAAUAUUUGCAAAAUCAGGGAAUUGUCUGGCCCCAAGUCUUCAGUGGCAUCGUGGGCAACUGCAUCAAUGGCUUGGCCAACUACAUCCUGGUUUCCAUGCUGAGCCUGGGGGUCAGGGGCUCUGCUUACGCCAGCACUAUGUCUUACUUCGUGCAGACCAUCUUCCUCUUUCUCUACAUUGUGCUGAAGAAGCUGCACCUGGAGACGUGGGCAGGCUGGUCCAGCCAGUGCCUGCAGGACUGGGGCCCCUUCUUCUCUCUGGCCGUCCCCAGCAUGCUCAUGAUAUGCAUUGAGUGGUGGGCCUACGAGAUCGGGAGCUUCCUCAUGGGCCUGAUCAGCGUGCUGGACCUCUCCGGCCAGGCGAUCCUCUAUGAGUUGGCCACGAUAGUCUACAUGAUUCCCCUGGGGCUCAGCAACGCAGUCUGCGUCCGGGUGGGGAUGGCCCUGGGAGCGGCAGAUACUGCCCAAGCUAAGCGGUCGGCCAUCUCAGGCAUGCUCUGCACAGUUGGUACCUCGCUGGUUGUGGGCAUGCUGUUGAGCCUCCUGAAAAACAAACUGGGGCAUAUUUUUACUAAUGAUGAAGAAGUCAUUGCCCUGGUGAACAAGGUCCUGCCGAUUUAUAUCGUCUUUCAGCUCUUUGAGGCCGUCUGUUGCGUCUAUGGCGGAGUCCUGAGAGGGACCGGCAAGCAGGCCUUCGGAGCCAUUGUGAAUGCAAUCACGUACUAUGUCGUCGGCCUCCCUCUGGGCAUCGUUCUGACCUUUGUAGUCAGAAUGAGAAUCAUGGGCCUCUGGCUGGGCAUGCUGGCUUGUGGCCUCCUGGUCACUGCCGCCUUUGCGGUCUACACCGGCCGGAUGGACUGGAAGCUCGCUGCAGAGGAGGCUCAGAAGCACGCGGGGUUGCUGCCGCAGAGCCCCGACGGCACGGUGAGCGCAGCGAGCCCGGCGACCUCGGCCCCCCGCCCCGGGCCUGCGAAAGCUGUCACCUCUUCAGUGGCCACGGGUAACUCCCCAGGCAUCACCCUGAUGACGUAUUCAAGGCCCGAGUGCCCCCUGGACCUCUUCAGGACCCCAGAAGCAGCCCGUGCCCUGUCGGCCCCGGCCAGCCCCCUGUCAACAAAACAGCUGCUCAUCCGCCGCGGGGCUGCUCUGGGGGUGGUGUCAGCCAUGCUGAUGGUGGGCCUGGUCAUCAGGUUCCUGACCGCCAGACAUUAGCCACACAGCUCGGAACCAGAAAGGGAGCCAAGAGUGGCCACCCCCACCCGCCCAC